AUGGGUGACGGAGCUGCGGCUGGAGGGAACGGGCAAAGCAUCAUUCAUGAUGACCCCACUGUGAGCCACACAGACCAACGGCAUCAUGGGAGUCUCUCAGAAGCCUCCCCCUCUGACUCUACAGCCUCCCCCUCUGGCUUUACAGCUUCCCGCUCUGGCUUUACAGCCUCCCCUCUGACUCUACAGCCUCCGCCUCUGACUCAACAGCCUCCCCCUCUGACUCCAGCCUCCCCCUCUGACUCUACAGCCUCCCCCUCUGACUCUACAGCCUCCCCCUCUGACUCUACAGCCUCCCCCUCUGACUCUACAGCCUCCCCCUCUGACUCUACAGCCUCCCCCUCUGACUCUACAGCCUCCGCCUCUGACUCAACAGCCUCCCCCUCUUACUCAACAGCCUCCCCCUCUGACUCUACAGCCUCCCCCUCUGACUCUACACCCUACCCCUCUGACUCUACAGCCUCCCCCUCUGACUCUACAGCCUCCCCCUCUGACUCCAGCCUCCGCCCCUGA